AUUAAAAUUAGAUUUUUUAUUAUAUUUUUAUCAAUAUUUAUUAAUUACACUUGUAUAAAAUCAAUAUUCUAAUAAGCAUUAAUGUAUUACAAGAGACUUUAUCCUGCAGGCAAACUGUCCAAACAGUUUUGCGGGACUAUGUUAGCUUUUAAGAUUAUUUCUGUAAAUGAUUAAUAGCAUAAAUAAAUAAUAAACGUUUCCCGCGCUUUUUUCUCACAGCUGUUGCCUGAGUAUUGAACGUGUUCUUGUUUUAACUAUCUAUGGUAUUGAAUGACAAUAUUGAUAACUGAAAAUUUUAUUUGAAAUGUUAUGAAAAUACAUUCAAUUGAAACGAAAAGUCGUAACGAAUUACAUCAGUUUUAACUCUUUUACAAUAUUUCUUUGUAUGUACAAAAGAGAUUACUAUCCAUUACUAAAAAUAGUACAUAUUCUAAGUCGUAAUGGAAUUCCUUGAACCAUCUCUUGAAAAAGUUUUAUAUGGACACCACAAGAGUAUUAUUUCUUCUCUUGCAUUCAAUCCCAAUGAGAAACAGAUUGCUUGUGGUUGCUUGGAUAGUAGCGUUUUGCUAUGGGACCUUAAUGGAACGAAGAAUUAUAGAUUUCAAGGCCACAAUGAAGCUGUUACUGAUGUGGUGUUCUCUCCUAAUGGAAGGUAUAUGGCAUCAGCAUCCCGUGAUAGAACUAUAAGGCUGUGGGUGCCAACCGUGACUGGUAGUACAGGGGUGUUUAAAGCACACUCUCAAACCGUGCGUUCUGUUCAAUAUAGCCCUGAUGGCACAAAGAUACUCACUGCAUCAGAUGAUAAAAUAAUAAAGUUGUGGUUAAAUAAUAAAUUCAAAUUUAUAGCAUCAUUUGUUGGGCACACAAACUGGGUCAGAAGAGCCUGUUUUUCACAAGAUGGCUCAGUAAUUGCAUCCUGCUCAGAUGACAAGACAGUUAAGCUGUGGAACCCAGAAACAAGAGAUUGCCUUCACACAUAUAAAGAUCAACAGGGUUAUGGAAUGUAUCUAGCUUGGCAUCCAUCAAGUUGUUACAUUGCUAUAGGUACUUCACAGGGGAAUGUUAGACUUUAUGACAUCAGAACACAUACUCUAGUGCAGUUUUACAGCAUUCACAAUUCAUCCAUUAGUCAGUUAAGUUUCCAUCCAAGUGGCAGUUUCAUUAUAACAGCGAGUAAAGAUGGGAACAUGAAGGUUUUAGACCUGUUGGAAGGGCAUCCAUUAUUCACAUUGAGUGCACAUAAUAAUGAGGUAAAUGCUGUAAACUUUUCACCCAGUGGAAAUAAUUUUGUAUCAUCAGGAGAUGAUAAAAAGAUUUAUAUCUGGAAAACUAAUUUUACUGAAGCAUCAGAAUCAAAAGAAAACUUGAACCAAAAUCCACUUUCAACAUCAAUAUCAAAAGGAUCUGUUGUAUCUAAGGCGAAAAACAAGGUUAUCAAUAAUAGAUAGAGUAAUGUAGUGUAACAAGAUAAUAAUAUAAGUGGAUAAGUAGUCUUAUAUAUCGCCAUAUAAAUAUCUUUUACAUAAUAUAUUGCUGAUAAUAUCUUUAUUUAGGGCAAUCAUAUCAGCUCAGUAGAACUGACAUACCAUAUAGAAUGCAAAAAGCUUGAAUUUCGAGAGAGUUGUCAAUCAAUAAUUGGUAGCAAGUAAAAAUGAUACAAAAUAUUUUACUAACUAUGGCCAUGUACAAAGCAGGAUGUGAAGAAAUGGUA